UCAAGAGAAGCCCUAGAGUGCAAGAAACAACAGAAAAGGAUAACAUCAAGAAGAAAAAAACAGAAUGGGAUUUAUUAAUUGGAUGGUGAUUUUCGCCUUGAUAGGCAUAGGCUCUCAGAGUUCAGCUUCAUCAGAAAUCACAGUGUCGAUAUUCACCGUAACAUCUAAGAGUAUGACAGUGCAGUGGAGCAGAUGCUCAGGAGCCAGUUCCUACAAGAUCACAGCAACCUCCAAGAACUCCCUGGAUGCCUCAGCCUUCGCCCAGUUCGGUGCCAACUCUGUGAUGGGCUCCAUCAACUCUCUAACCCCCAACAACAUGUACAUCAUCAGGGCUGAGGCCAUGGAUAACAGCCUGAAUGUUUUGAGCCAGGCUGAAGUAGAAGAGACCACCGCUUCUGAGGUGCCCACCAUCAACAUGGCAACAUCAAAACAGAGUGAGAGCAUGACCGUGGAGUUCACUCAGGUGUCCGGGGCCACUUCCUACAUCCUGCGUGCCGAGACCGCCGACAUGGCCUUCUUCUACGAAACCGAGGUGUCCUCUUCCCCUGGGACCGUGCUCAACCUUCAGGCCUACACCGACUACACUCUCAGUGUCAUGUCCAUCAACAGCGGAGGCAGGAGCCAGCCUUCCCUCCCUGUGGUAGCAAAGACAGUGGUUGCUGCGCCCAAGCUCAACUCCACCUCUCUCAGCAAUGACACCAUUGUGGUGGGGUGGGAGCCUGUGGACCACGUUUUCCUGUACACCAUUAGCAUCAUCAUGGAGGGCUCAGACAGCAGGGUGAAGCUCAACACCACUGACACCAGCGUGACCUUCUCUGGCCUGGAGGCUGGGACAACCUAUUGCAUCAAGGGCAAUGCCUGGGACCCCGAGAAAAGACAGGGAGACGACUUCACCGUCUGCCAGAUCACACGUCCAUGCAUCCCUGUGCUCACUGAGUUGGAGGUGAGGAUGGUGGGCUCUGAGGCCGGUCUGUCUGUGUCCUGGGCUCCAUCUCAGGGGGCAGGGGAGUACCUGGCCUUCAGCUCAGAGGGGCUGAACUGUACCUCUACCACCGGCACCUGCACCCUGGCCCCCGUGGGGUGUGGCCAGAGACACACCGUCACCGUGACAGCCAUCAACGAGGGAGGACCCAGCAUCCCUUCUGCUCCUGAGGAGUUCAUCACCUUCCCCUGCCCACCAGAGCCUCUGCGUGUGGAGGAGACCAAGGCAGGUAAUUGCUCUGUGUUGUGGGACGCCAUACCCUACACCGACACUUACGUGGCCUUCAUCAAGAGGGAUGAUGGUCAGGAGGAGAGGUGCAACACCAGCUCCACCAGCUGUAACUAUCACUGCCAGUGUGGAUACACCUACCUGAUGACUGUGUUCGCCUUCAGCCUGGCUGGAUCCAGCCCACCGGGCCCCGUGCUCAACUACACCACCUUACCCUGUUGUCCCGAGGACGUGUUCAUCUCCCUGGCCUCCCCCGGCACCCUGGAGAUCAUGUGGUCAGCAGUGCGCGGGGCUGAGGUGUACGAGACGCGGGCGGUGGAAGGGUCAGAGGUCAUCCUGUGUAACGACACGGCACCAGUGUGCGCUCUCUCCGACCUCACCUGUAACAGCCCCUACAGUGUGGUGGUGAUCCCCUGUAAUGAGAUUAGAGGGUGCAACCACACCUGCAGAUCACACACUAAGGAGACAGCUCCCUGUAUGCCAGAGAUCCUGAAUGUGACCCAGAUCAACACCACCAGUGUCAAUGUCAGCUUUAGUACUCCCAACAGAGCAGGUACCACCUACAAAGUGAGCGUAGUGGCCCAGGACAACAGAAACACCUGCACUUCCAGAGGAACGUCCUGUGAGAUACUUGACCUGCCCUGUGGCGAGGUCUAUGAGGUCAGCGCCAUAGCAACCACCACCGUGGGCGACAGUUUUCCCAGCUACAGUAUUCCACUGGAAACAGCACCCUGUUGCCCGGCAACCUUUAACGUUGAACAGGUGACUCAGGCCAUGACAAAUGUCACCUGGUCGAUGGCGAGAGGCACACACACCUACAUGACCUCUCUGACCUCACCGAAAGGCACCGCCCGCUGCCACACCCUGGACACCCACUGCCUGAUGGGAUGCAUCACCUGCGGAACAAACUACACCGUCAGCAUGGAGGCCAUCAGCCGCACUGGACACAUGUCUGAGUGCACCUAUCAUGGCUUCUCAUCCAGUGCUUGUUGUCCAUCGGGCGUGAAGCUGUACAGGAUGGCCAACAACACACUGCGUGUAUACUGGCGUUCCACUGGCGGUCUCCAUAACUACACGGCCAAGAUGGUUGGUAGCCAGUCCAACUACACCUGCACCCCUCCCCCCGGGGGCAACACCUGUGAAGUGCCGGAGAUCAUGUGUGGGGACGUCUACAACGUAGUGGUGGCCCCUCUCACCCAGGACGGAGCCAUGGUCCAGUUCUGCCCCCAGAGGAUGUACUCAGUUUCCUGCUCGGGAAGCAAUGUUGGAAUGGUAAUCUAUCGAGGAAAGAGAAGUUUGGACUAGCAGAUGUUCCCAGUCCCGUAGAUAUCAGGAGGAGCAGAAACAAGCUUCUCAUUCCCCCAACAAGUCUACCUAAUCCCCAAGAGGAAGUGAACCUCUACAAAAUAUCCCAGCCUAAAUUAUAGUUUAGUUUAAG